AAAUAUUCAGUGGUUGACCUGACACUUGCUGAAUUAACCAAAAAAUUAUAACAACUAGAGGGAUAGGAUAUUCUUAGCAAAAGUCAACAUAUAUAGGUACACGCCUAAGCCUAGAAACUCUUAAUUUAAAGUCAAGAGGGCUCACACGUAAAAUCUAAACCUCAUAAACUUUCCUUCAUCUGCUCCACCAGUUUCCUCUUCCUGGCUAAUUAUUGCAGUCUCUUUGGGGUUAUUCUUGUUGUAAAAGCUAAGUUUUUUUCCUCUUCUUAUACUUCAUCUUAUUAGUAGUUCAAUCCAUGCAAGGCUUAAUUUAGUUAUCGUUGAGAAUAAGUACUGUGAUGGAGAAAGAGCAGAAGGAUGAUAGGUUUGGCUGCGAAGAUGAACUUGUGAGAGAGCUUCUUGAUGAUGAGUCUCCUCUCUUUGUCCUACAGCAAGGGACGGUUCAAGCCAAAUCUAAAACUUCUGGAGAAGAUUCCACGAAGCGACUCAUCUGUGCAGGGCCGAGGAUUGAAGAUAUCGAGAAUGCUUUGUCAGUGAAAACAUGGAACGGUACUCAAUAUCAAGUACAACAGCAAAACAGAAUUAAUUCGAUACAGCAGGAAAGAGGUUUGACUAAGAUUGAGAAUAAGUAUACUUUAAAGAUAAAAAACUAUGGCAAUUGCAUGGCAGAUGAUGGAUAUAAAUGGAGGAAAUAUGGGCAAAAAUGGAUCAAAAACACCCCAAAUCCAAGGAGCUAUUACAAGUGCAGGAACCCAAGAUGCAGCGCAAAGAAGCAGGUGGAGAGGUCAAAAGAUGAGCCAGAUACGCUGAUCAUCACCUAUGAAGGAUUUCACCUGCACUUUGCCUAUCCAUAUCUCCCACUCGAUAACCACCACCAGCCUUCUCCAGAUGAUACCAUUUCACCAACCAAGAAGGCCAAGCAAGGCAUUUCCGAAGCUGAAUCACAAGUUCCGGAAACUAUAGCAAAUUAUACCAACAUCGAGCCACUGCCAAGCUCCAUUGAGGGUUGCCCUCCAGAAAUGAGUUUGGAAGCAGGGUUUAGCCAACAAGGGCUGCUCGAAGAUGUGGUGCCUUGGGUGAUAAGGAAUCCUUCACAUAACAAUAAUAUUUCCUCCAUUUCUUCGUCUUCUUCAUCUUCUAAUUACUCUCGUUCUCCUCCUGCUUCACCUUAUUCACUAUCUACUUCUCCUUUUUAUGACCCAUGUUUAGAUAUAUUAAGCGUAAACUCUAGCAUUAGGUAAAUAUUUUGUGCUUAGUGGGUAGAAAAGAAAUAACCCAAACAAUCUUCCAAGUCUCCAUUAUUGUAUUUGUACCUUUUUUUUAGUAUCAUAUUUUCUUUCUAAUCAAA